UUUUCUUCCGGCCCCCCACGCGUGGGCCAAUCACCGCGGGAAUCACCGCGGGCUGUGCGCGCGGUGCUGCACCGCCCGCGGUGCACAAAGCAUUUCUCUGGUAAUUUAUUAAGCUCUCUGGCACAUUUUAGUCCGGUUUAAGGCUUAAAUCGUCGUUUCGACGGGACUCGUGGGUUGCCGGCCCCAAAUCGAACGAAGCUUCGUACUUCUGAACUUCUUCGUCCAGGCGACCGGAGAGGCAGAGAGGGAUGGGGGUGGAGUGCCGUUACGAAGUAGCGCAGGCCGCCUACAUAAAGCUGGUCCUCCAUGCCCUCAAGCACCGCGCCUCCCCCGUCGGCGGCCUCCUCGUCGGCCGACUUCCCGAAGACAACGCCUCCACCGUCCAGAUCGCCGACGCCAUCCCCCUGACACACUCCCAGAUCGGCCUCCUACCCUCCCUCGAGCUCGCCCUCAUCCAGGUAGAAGAACAUUUCGGGGCGGAGGGCCUUAGUGUGGUAGGUUACUACCACGCCAACGAGAGGUACGAUGACGCCGAGCUGGGAAACGCCGCCAAGAAGAUCGGCGAUCAUAUAUUCCGAUACUUUCCCCGGGCCGCGUUGCUUUUGUUGGACAAUAAGGGGCUGGAAGAGUUAGUGAAAGGGAAAGGACGGGAUCUUGUGGUGCAGCUGUACACAAGGGAUUCGUCAAAAAGCUGGCACCAAGCUGGAUCAGAUGGAAGGAGUCAGCUGACCAUAAAAGAGCCAUCAGCCAACGUCUUGUUGUUGGAUUAUAUUUCUUCUGAGAAAUGGCAAAACAUAGUUGAUUUUGAUGACCAUCUUGAUGACAUUAGCAAGGACUGGUUGAACCCCAAUCUCUUCAAGUAACUUGUCCAGUGUUCCUGGUAACUUCAUCGUUGGGCUUUUUCAGUCACAAUCUGAUAUUUUGCUGAGUGAAUUUGCUUGUGCUGGAAUACUGAAAGCAUUCAAAAUGUUUAGCUGCUGUACCAGCCAUAGGAAAGUGGAAUACUUUGCUUGGACCAAGUAACUUCAAUCACAUUUAAAAUCUAGCAGAAGAGAAAUUUCUAUGUGUCAUUUAAGGGAACAGAUAUCUUGCAAUUGCACUUGCUCUUUUCCCCCCUCCUGGCUUAACUUGUGUUAGGCAAGGAUUUACAACUUUAGAUAUGUUUGCAGCCUUGCAUGUCUGCUCUGUCUAGUUCCAGUUAUUUCCUGUUUAAUAUAGAUGCUGAGGAUAUUGUUGGCCUUGCGCCUUCAUUGGAUAUUUUUAUAAUCGUUAAGGUUCUAAUACUUUGAUUAAUGUUUUCCUAAUGUGGAUUGCAGUC